UGUGACAACAAAUGUCCGGCCGGUUGGGAUACAUAUGACGAUCAACUAAAGUGUAUCAAAAUAAUAACGGAUUCAUUUGAUACAUAUGGCAAUGCAGUGGAUAUGUGUGCUAAGUUGGCUCCGGGAUCAACAUUGUUGACAAUACACUCGCAAUUGGAACAAGAUUAUUUUAGUGACUAUUUAUUUGUUCAACAUAAGCUAGUUGAUUCAAUAUGGAUAGGUGCUAAAGUCAAACAGCAAAUAAUUACCUGGAUGGAUAAUACUAAUGUUWCMUAUACUAAUUGGGCAACUGGUCGGCCACAAAACAUUAGUGAUGUUGAAUGUGUAGAAAUGCAAUCGGAACAGACAUCCCUGGGUAAAUGGUAUGAUCUGGCAUGUAAUAAACGUAACCAGGUAGUUUGUCAAUCGAUGCAAUCGAUGCCAAUAAGUGAUCUGGAAAAAUUAAUUUUAGAAACUAAAAAAUAUGCUCAAGAUCAAGUAAAAAUAUUGAAAGAUGAAAAUGCUAAACAACAAGUAGAAUUACUUGAACACAAAAAUCAAUUGGAUAAACUAGUAGCGAAUCCCGUUCCCCUGGGUUUUAUAUACGUACAACUAUCGGGUCAACCCGAACCCAGUCAACUGUGGUCACCAACAAUAAAAUGGCAAGAUGUUACCUCCAAUUAUUCGGGAUUGUUUUUCCGAGCCGAGGGUUCCGGUUCAGCCGCGUUUGGUCAGAUACAGGCGGCCAACUAUAGCAGAUUAGCUUCUAUUAAUACAUAUUCGUGUAGUAUAAGUAGUUAUGAUGGUUGUAAUUGGCGUCUGCAAUCAAUACCCGAAACCAAUUGGAGCAGUAUGAUUGGUCUUCGUGAUUUAUUUUCAUAUUUUUAUCUUUAUAUAACUACCGGUGAGAAUAGGCCACGAAAUACGGCCAUCAGAAUAUUUAAACGCAUCGAAUAA